AUGUCCUUUGUACUGGACCAGGUACAACGCAUUGAUGCACAGUUGGACCGUCUGCAAUUAUCAUGGUCACAGUAUGACUCUCAUGGCGACGAGAAUGCAAUCCAAGAGGAGCAGUUCGCGGUACGGUCAGCCUCGGCUCCCUCCCCCCGAAAACGGAGACUCUCCGACCGGACCAGCGAGCUUCAGGCCCUUGUGAAGGCCCUCUCGCACUCACCAUCCCAUAGAGGAUCAUUGAUCCACCACCGCAAUCGAAUCGUCCAAGCACUCAAGGAAGCCUCUCGACUAGAAGGAUGCCGUGUCUGUCAAAGGGAGGGCUUAGGAGCCGAAGGAACCCGGUCUGAUCUACCGGAUGGCACAGAAGAGGGAGCCACCGACUCGUAUGCCUCUUCCUAUCAUCGGGACCACGAGGAAAAUGGAAGAAUUGGUGAUGAAGUAUGGGAGACAGAUACGGAUGAAUCCCUCGAGCACGACCUGGAAUGGCUACUUCUGGCCAAGGCAACGAACGCUGCGUAUGGAAUUGUUUUGGAUACAAUACUGGAGAACACAAUACCACUGAGCGAGCAUCUGUACUAUUUCGAUGACGUGCUUUCGAGUUAUAGAUAUACGGCACUGUUCGCCGUUCAGAUGACACCGUUGCGGUUGUUCCAUUCGAUUCAAGAUGUAUACGGAGAGGUUGCGCGGCGCAUCGAGAACAUCACGACCUCCGGCGCCGAUCAAAGCGCUCAAGCAAAGAGUCGGAGACGAUCGUCGACGACUCUUGUGCAGACGACACGGAAUGCCGUGAAUCGUGGGUGGAGCGAUUUCUACACGCUAGUGCGGAGCGUGGUUCGUGAGAGAAACAUGCGAGACUGGCGAAAGCAACUCAUAGGACCACUAAUGCUUGCAAGAGGAGAGUUGGCGGUUAAGCGGAAAGGAUUACAGAAACUUAGGGUGGUCAAUGCCAAUGCGCUCGGUGUCCUGCUUGGGGAAGGAUUGAGCGCCGGAGGUAUCCAUACACCCGACCCAUCAACCUUGUCUGCCAUGCAUCCGCAAUCACAGCCCCAUUUCAUAAGCACCAAAUGGAAAUCAUCUACGGCAAAAACCAUUGCGCUUCUCGAUGCGGUCCUAGGUCGCGCGAGCGACGCUACUCUAUCUGCUGCGAAAUUCGACGAUGCCAUCGCAUCCGCAACGCAAGAAGACCCCUACUACGAUAUUGAUUUCGAUGAAGCCACGGAAUCCUCAUCAUGGCUAAAGCCCUUAUCAGGUAUUAACCGCCUGCUCGGCUUGCUUGAAAAUGGUCUGCCAGCGUAUCAAGAUACUUUCAAUGCUGCGGUCAUGCAGAACGGUCGUCCACCCCGCUGGGUUAGGUAUUGGCCAAUUGUGACCGUGGGCAUCCUGUCGUCGGGCACCGUACUUCGGAUCCUCACGAAUCGACGAGCAGAGAUCGUACAGUGGCUCAAGGACUCCGGAACCACUGCCAAAGAUUUCUGGAAUAACUGGGUCAUCGCGCCGAUUCGCAAUGUCAUCGGCACCAUCCGCCAUGACGAAGAUAGCGAGGUCAGCAUCAUGAGCAAACGGAGCCUCGAAGGCGACCGUGACAGCCUGGAGAGGAUGGUUGUCGAGUUCGCAGUUGACAACGCGAAGAAUAGUAGUGGAAGUCGGCUGUCGGACACAGAGAUUGCCGAUAUGCGAGUCAAAGUCCGGGAGGGUGAUCUCACUCCGGUCCUGAAAGCUUACGAGCGAGAUAUGCGGUCACCGCUCUGGGGCACGGUUAGGGGCGAGCUGGUGAGAACGCUGCUUAUUCAGGUGCAGAAAACGAAGGUAGAUGUGGAGGUUGCAAUUGGGGGGAUUGAUAGUUUGUUGAAGAGCCAAGAGCUGGUAUUUGGAUUUGUUGGCCUUACCCCUGGGCUCUUUGUCUGCUUCGGCGUAUUCUGGUGGCUAAGUUCAGCCAUGGGAAACCGAAGCGGUAUUCAACAGCGGAAUCAGAAGGGCCAGAUGGUGAAGGAACUACGCAACAUCGACCGCAUCCUGACCUCGGCAUCGUCAACCGGCUAUGGCGAACUGUUCUAUAAAGAUCACGGUCUGUUGCUCUGCGAGGUCCAUGUGCUCCGCCAAACCGCAAGUGCGACAUUGCCCAAACGCGUGCUCCGGGACUUUUUGGAAGAGCUCGAGGAUUUAGUGGAUAUCCGAACGGGAGUGGAGAGACAGAAAAGCGUGGUUAAGCGCAUCGCAUGGGCUUAUGCGAAUUGGCUCUAA